AUGGCAUCGUCACGACUUUCCUGGCAGCUGUUCCAGUCUAGGCCGGUUAUAGCAUCUGUGGUAGCUGUUGCUAGCGUGGGAGCUUACUACGGGGCUCGAUCAAUUAUCAUCCCAACAGGAUAUGCCGAGUCGACAGAUGGCCCGAAGGUUUUCGGCGGCUUUGGGUUCACAACAUUGCGCGUACAAGAUGUGAAACAGGUGAAUCACAACACCAAGCGCCUGGUGUUUGAAUUUCCCGAUAAAAAUGCCACGAGUGGUUUAACUUUGACCUCUGCUCUUCUCACAAUCUCCUGGCCUAAGGGAAGCUGGGUCCCUGUGCCCCGCCCGUAUACUCCCAUCAGCGACCUAGAUCAACAAGGUUCUCUCGAGUUGAUGGUAAAACACUAUCCAAAUGGCAAGGCCAGCACCCAUUUGCACUCCCUCGUCCCGGGCGACACCCUCACGUUUGCCACAGCCUUGAAAGGAUUCGCAUGGACGCCCAACAAGUUCUCCCAAGUCCACCUUAUCGCAGGUGGAGCCGGCAUCACACCUAUCUACCAGCUCAUUCAGGGCAUCCUCAACAACCCCAAUGAAAAGACCAAGAUCAACCUUGUUUUCGGUGUCAACACAGAACAGGAUUUACUCUUGAGGGAAGAAUUGGAACAUUACAAGCAGCGCUUCCCCGACCGGUUCAACUACAUCUAUACUGUCAGUCACCCAGCGGAGAAAGACUCCGCUUUGCCCAAGGGAUAUAUCAAUGAGGAGCUGUUGCGGGAUGUCAUGAAGGGAUCUAACGAGAACUCCCAUGUCUUCGUUUGUGGUCCGCCAGGGAUGGAGGAUUCUUUGGUUGGAACGCGUCGAGCCGAAGGCAUUCUUAGCCGUUUGGGGUUCCAGAAGGAUCAGAUCUAUAAAUUUUAG